AUUCUGAACACAGGCAACCCACUGUGUGUGAACUCUGAUCCCUUUCUUAUGGCAGCUGGUUCUCUUGGUGGAAAUCUGGCCCCAUUUCCAAGGAAGCCAUCUCCUUCCCCAACACCAUCAGGCUCAUUGGCUUCAAACCCAGCGCCUUUCCCUGUUGGUGCUCGUGACCCAGGUAUGGCUUUUCCAAGAGGGAUGAAUCCCACUGGCACAGGCGCCAUUUCCUUCCCAAGGCCAGGCGGCCUUUUAGGCCCAGGCCCGGGCUCUGGCUCAGCACUAAGUGCUAGAGCAGGGGCUCUUCCAGGCCCUGGACCUCUGUCUAACCCAAGACUAGGAGGUCUCCCAAGCACGGGUCCUCUGUCCAACCCAAAGACAGGUGGUCUUCUGGGAGCAGGUCCUGACCCCAGAAGUGGUGGCCCCAUAGGCCCAGGAUCUGGGCCCUAUUUAAGAGCAGGUGUUCUUUUGGCCGCUGGGAAUGGUCCUCCCAAUCCUAGGCCAGUUGGCCUGGGCCCAGGACCAACUCCCAAUUUGAGAUCAGACUUUACAAAUCCUGCCCCCAGGUCAGGCAUGCUUCAAGGCCCAGGCCUUGGACCCAACCCAAGAGUGGGUGGCCUAGGCCCAGGCCCUAACCUGGACACCAGAGCAGGUGGUGGUCUCUUGGGUACAGGAUCUGGUCUUAAUCUAAGAAUGGCUGGACCUCAAGGCCUAGAUCUUGCCCCCAUUCUAAGAGCAACAAGUCUUUUAGGAGCAAAUUCAGCUGCUCUCUCACAGGCUUCUGGAAACAUGGGCACAAACCCAUCUUCUGUGACAAGAGUACCUGAUCCGAUAGGCCCAAACUCGGGUCCUGGCUCUCGGGGAAUUGGCUUCCCAGGGCCAAAUCCAUCUGCCAUGUCUCGGGUCUGUCCCAUAGGCCCUAAUUCAGCUAAUUUCUCAAGGCCAACUGGCCCUAUGGGAAUAAAUGCCAAUCCCUUCCCAUGGGGGACAGGCUCAGGGGAACUAAACCCAGCUGCCUUCUCUCAGCCUUCUGGCUCAUUGGCUUCAAAUCCUGCUACUUUUCAAAGAUCUGCUGGCCUCCAGGGCUCAAGUUCAGCAAUUUUCCCAAGAGCCUCUGGACCAUUAGGCCCCAACCCAGCUAACUUCCCAAGGGCCACUGGUCUACAAGGUCCAAAUCCAGCUACCUUUCCAAGGUCUAUGGGCCCACUAGGUCCUGGCCAAGUUGGUUUCCCUUGGUCAGCUGCUGGGUCCCUGGGUGCUUCCCCAGCAGGACCUGUGGGUAUUAAUCCAGCUCCUUUUGCAAGGGCAGCUAGGUCUCUGGGUCUAAACCCAGCUUCUUUUCCAAGAAUGAAUCGCCCAGUAACCAAGGCUAUAGUCCCAUUUCCUAGAGUUUGGAGCCUCCCUGGCACAAACCCAGCUGGUUUCCCAAGACCUGGGGGUCCCGUGGCUGCAAUGUACCCAAAUGGAAUGUUACCCCCUUAA